GCUCCUGCAGUGCAUUGACCCACCAGACAGACAGAAUCCAGUAGAAUCGAAUUGAAUCUGAACCAGUCAAUUCAAUUCAUUCACUCACAAUUGGGGAAUAAUGCCGUCGCCGGCGUCAAUGGCGGUGCUGGUGGUGUCCACGCGCACGGUGAGCCCGCCGCCGCCGCGGCAUGGGAGGAUCCCGCUGACGACGUGGGACGUCUCCUUCCUCUCCGCCAACUACAUCCAGAAGGGCCUCCUGUACCUCCCGCCGUCCAUGUCCUCCACGGCGGCCGUCGUCGACCACCUCGCCGCCGCCCUCUCCGAAACCCUCGCCGCCUACUACCCCGUCGCCGGCCGCUUCGUCACCGACAAGGACCCCUGCGGUGGCUGCUCCGUCUCCAUCGACUGCGGCGGGCAGGGCGUGGAGCUCAUCCACGCCGUGGCCGACGGGGUCUCCAUCGCCGACGUCAUCCCUCCGGACGCCGACGUCCCUCGCCUGGUCCAAUCCUUCUUCCCGCUCGACGGCGCCGUCAACCACGACGGCCACGAGCUACCCCUCUUGGCCGUCCAGGUCACCGAGCUGGCCGCCGACGGCGCCAUCUUCCUGGGGUUCGCCUACAACCACGCCCUCUCCGACGGCACCGCCUUCUGGGCCUUCCUCAACGCCUGGGCCCAAACCGCCCGCUCCAACCUCAACCUCGACGGCCCACCACCACCUUCAAGUCCGUUGCUGGACCGCUGGUCCCCCGACGGCGGCCCGGCGAGGCCCAUCGUGCUGCCGUGCGCCGACGUCAGCGCCGAGUUCAUCGAGCGCCUCCCCCCGCCGCUUCUCCGCGAACGGAUGCUCCACUUCUCCGCCGAAUCGCUAAGAGCUCUCAAGGAGCGCGCCGGCCAAGAGCUUCUCGCCGCCGGGGAUACCGCCGGCGCGGCGGCCCUGACGAGGUUCCAGGCUCUGAGCUCGCUGCUAUGGCGGUCCAUCACCCGGGCCCGGAACCUCCCGGCAACGCAGCCCACCGUGUGCCGCGUCGCCAUCAACAACCGCGGCCGGCUGGAGCCACCUCUCCCACCGGCAUACUUCGGCAACUCCAUCUACGCCAUCGGCACAGAGCCAUGGGUCUCGGCGGAGCUCCUGGAGGAAGGCUCGCAUGGGCGGGCGGCGGCGGCGGUGGGGCGGGCGGUGGCGGCGCACACGGACGGCGUGAUCAGGGCGAAGGUGGCGGCGUGGAUGGAGAAGCCGGUGGUGUACAACCUCCGGUUCUUCGACCGCGCCGGCACCAUGAUGGGGAGCUCGCCGCGGUUCGACAUGUACGGGUGUGACUUCGGGUGGGGGAGGCCACUGGCGGCGAGGAGCGGCAAGGGGAACAAGUCCGACGGGAAGACGUCGCUCUACCCUAGCGGACGGGAUGAAGGCGGCAUGGACGCCGAGCUGACAUUGACGCCGGAGAAUAUGGCGGCGCUGGAGUUGGACGAGGAGUUCUGGGCCGCUGUUUCGCCCGACGAGAAGCCGCCGGUGCUGACCACGAAGCAGCAGCAGCAGAAGGAUGGGAAAGAUUAAGUAUUAGCUGCAUUUCAGUCUUGAGUCUCAUCCGCUCAAUCAAUUGUUGUGUUGCUGUCAUUUCAUCAUCGUUUCACCUUUAAUUUUCUUGCUUGAUGUUGCUGUCAAAUUUUUGGUGAACAUUCCAUGGUCUACAUA